CUUCUUCUUAAACUUAGUUCAAGUCAAACGACAUUAUCUAAAUUGAAACGGAGAGAGUAUCUAACUAUUUUUCCUUGUUCUGGUAUUUGAACUGCCCGGCUUGGUUUCUUCAUCUUCAUUAUUUCAUGGCAACUUUAAAAGUUGUGCAGUUGUUUGUGUUUGUCUGAAGCGAUUUUCCAUUUAAUGUCAAGUCUCAUAUGGAUCCUAACAAAUAGUAGUAGGCUAGUACUCCAGCAUAUAUUGGAGGAAAAGGUAAAUUAAAAACAAGGUUCCCUUCAAAUUGGUUAAAUUUCUUUCUCCACUUUUAACUUACUAAUAAGACUAUAAUGAGGAAAAUUGAAACAUGAUUUAUUUGAUACUCCAUUUGUUAGUUGUAAAAAGCAACAUGUCCCCAAACCAAUAUAAAAUAAAUUUCUUUGAAAACCUAUAAAUAAAUACUCCUAUUUAAUAGACUUGUAAGUCGUAUCUUGGAACAUACUAAAGUGAAAAAAGAAUCAUACACGUAACUCAAAAUCAGACCAAGUAUAUAGAAUACAUAUAUCUAAAAUUUUCAUAUUAGGAAUCUUGAUAAAUAACUAACAAACCAGGCACUGAAAAUCAUCCUCCAUAAACUGCCAAAAGCCUUCACCACUGCACACCAAAACUACCCCAUUUGCCUUUUUCUACAACCACCGCCACAUACACAAAGCCAUUUCCUCCACUCUCUUCACAAUCACAAUCAUUCCUCCUUGUGGAUAAAAUUUUCCCUUUUAAACAUAUGAACAAGUGAGAAAAUUUCUUGCUUUAAUCAUUAUAUACGACACGGAUCUUGGUCCAAAUGUCUAACUCAAGUAUGUACCCUGAUGGGUUUUUCUCAAAACUCUCAGAUGAUCUUGUUCUCAACAUACUUUACAAGCUAGAAGAUGACCCAAGAAACUGGGCUCGUUUAUCUUGCGUUUCUACAAAAUUCUCUUCUAUGAUUCACAACAUCUGCUACAAAUCCAAAUGCUCUUUGACCAUUCCUUCUGUUGUUUCCGAUCUCCUUAGCACCCCAUCUUCAACCACCCCACCUGGGGACUGGGCUUCACUUUACAAGCUAGCUGUAUGCUGCCCCGGUCUUCAUCAAGCUGGUGUCCUUUUGGAGAAUUCCGAUUUUGGGCUCGAACGUGAGCUCGGCCCAGAUGAGAGUUACCCAGAUCGGGCCUUGGCCCAAUCCGGUAGUAGUUUAGAGUCUCAGCCAAUGCCUUGGUCGAGUAAUGUACAAAAUGAUUCUGCUCAAGUAGUAACUGAUUGUGGUUGGUCUUUGUUUGAUGAUCUUAUGUUUGAUACUGUUUAUGAUGCUUCUGAAUCUACCCCAAAUCAGCCUGAGGUCGUGGAGGAGCCCGCAACCGUAGUGGUAACCCCCCCUGCAAGGGCUUCUAAGAGGCGGAGAGUUUAUAGAUCGCUUUGUUCUCAUUUGGCAUCUGGGGUAUGGAAUUUGAGCCGUGAGCAAGGGAAUAAGCUACUAGCGAGUAGAUUUAAAGGGGAUUGCUUGUACAUAUGUGAUUGGCCUGGCUGUAUUCACAUUGAGGAGAAGAGGAAUUACAUGCUAUUUCGGGGAAUUUUCAAGAAUUUCAAGCAGUCGAGGGUUUGGAGGACGAUCAAUGAUGGUAAUAGGAAGAAGAUUGAUCUGAAUUGCGCGUUUUGCUCGUCGCACCAGACGUGGGAUCUGCAUUCGGCCUUCUGUUUGAGGAGGUAUUUUGGGUUCCAUGAUGAUGGAGAACCAGUUGUUCGAGCUUAUGUCUGUGAGAAUGGCCAUGUUUCUGGAGCAUGGACUGACUGGCCACUGUAUACCUAACUCAAUUGUGGGCUAACCUGUGUUGCAUGAAUUUGAUAGUUUCUUGAUUUUGUGAGUGGCAUUUGAUUAUUCUUUUGCCAUUUUAGGCUGGUUGAUUUAUUUGGAUUUUAUGUAUGUUGUGAUUGCUUACUAUAGUUAUUUGCCAUAUUUGCAUUAGGGAGUUUGUAGGUUGAGUAGUUGUAUUUAUAUGAGUUUCUCUUCAUUUGGUUCUUCUACUUAUAGUGAAGGCGUGCGUGAAUCCUAUUGAAUGGCUGUGGUUGUGAGAAAUUCAUGUAACCUAUUUCUCAAUUUGGCCUGGUCCGUCGCGCUUUGUAAUUAGCUUCAGAUUUGAUUUAAAGAUCACGUUGCUAUUGUCAGA